AAUUGAAUUAAAAAGUAAAACGUCAUGCUGAUGAAAAACCGUUAUGUUCCAGACUGAAAACAAAGAAAACAAGAAAAUAAAAAAGACAAAAAAGAAACAGCGGAAGGAAACUCGGACAGCCUGGCAUAGGAAAUGAAUCCAAGGGUCCAUAUAGGAUUUGCAUCGGUCAUUCAUCAGGCAAGAUUCCUACACUUAUUCCAGCGAUAUCACGAAAAUCGCAUGCAAAUUCUCAGACGAGUCAAUGUUAGAUUAGCUGCAUGCCAGAAAAUGGAAGAAAAAAGGAUUUCGCAAGAGGAAGUGUAUUUAGAGGUAGUCGAUGUUUUGGAAACGUCGUGACCGAUGAAAAUAGGAAAAGAAAAUUUUUUUUACUAUCUGAAACUUGAAACACGUAGGGUGUGGAACUUAGAGAACGCUUUCAACAUCACCAGGAUCUAUUUUUGUGCCGGCGUAGAAUAAGUGUUGGGAGAGCAACGCCUCACGGACGCAAUAUAGCAACUGCACAGAAAGAGGUCAGCGUCAUCACCCUUUGGUCCCGCAACGGAUGCGAAGCUCUUCAUUUCACGUCUCCUAGAAAUUUUGAAGGAAUAUUUUGAAAGCAGCCGGAUAAAUACAAAGAGUCUGAAGAAUGGCCGAGCAUUUCCCCUGUGCCAAAUGCCAAGUUCCAUCCACUAAUUGUUGCUCAAAGUGCCGUGCCGUGUAUUACUGCUCCCGAGAUCAUCAGAAAGCUGACUGGGCAAUUCACAAGACAUUGUGUGUUCCACCGUUCAAGAUCGACGAAUCAGAACAUGAAGGUCGUUACUUGGUUGCUAAGCGUUCCAUUAAAGCCGGGGAAAUCAUCCUACAGGAACCGCCGCUAGUACUUGGACCUAAACUUCAAUCCUUGCCUCUUUGUCUCGGUUGUUACAAGCAUAUAAGUGGUACCUACAGAUGUUCACGCUGUAAUUGGCCCAUGUGCUCGGCUCUUUGCGAGGAAUCUGCCUUCCACCGGAAUAGCGAAUGUCGAAUGAUUGAACCUGCACUGGUUGCCAAUUUUCUCUGCACGGGAACCAUCAAUAAUCAAGUGUAUCAAUGCAUUACCCCUCUACGUUGCCUGUCGCUAUCUGCUAAAAAUCGGCAAGUUCUGGACAAGCUCGUCUCCCACAUGGAACAACGCAAGGGAACAGACAUCUACCGACUAGUAGAACAAAACAUUUCCAGUUUCCUGCGUCAGCGACUGAAGCUCACUCAGUAUGAUUCCGAACAUAUCCAGCGGGUUUGCGGCAUUUUGGAGACUAAUUGCUUCGAAAUCCGGAUUCAGGAUCGCGUCAGUUUUCGAGGACUUUACCCAACGGCAUCAUUGAUGAACCACGAAUGCGUGCCUAACACAAGGCAUGUUUUUGAUCCAUUCGAUUUCAAGAUAAGAGUACUGGCCACGAGAAAUAUAAGAGCAGGAGAAAAAAUCAGUGCAACCUAUACGCAGAUCUUUUGGAACACCAUAGAUCGGCGACUGCAUCUCAAAUCCUCGAAGCACUUUUGGUGUCAAUGUAGUCGAUGCGCAGAUCCAAGAGAAUUAGGAACAUUAAUGGGCGCCCUAAAAUGCACAAACUGUGGAGGUAUGAUUGUCAGCAAUGAUCCACUGGAUCAAUUCGCAAACUGGGAAUGCAGUGGAUGCGGGUUGGUGCAAAAAAUUGAAAAAGUGAAAAGGUUCCAUGACUCCGUCCGUGCAGAGUUGAAACAAAUUGCUCAGAUGGCACGGAGCCGUCCAGAACUCCUGGAAAAUUUUAUUGCAACGUAUUCCGGAGCUAUUCAUCCCGGUAGCUGUCACGUGAUCGAGGCCAAAUAUGCCAUCAUUCAACUUUAUGGGAAUGCAUCAAAACUUCUCUACGACGAUUUAAAUGAAGAACAGAUUGGGAAGAAGUUGGAAUACUGCAAUCAACUUCUGAAAUUGGCGGAUUUCAUCGAUCCUGGCUUAAGUCAGUUAAGAGGUCAUUUGCUGUUUGAAUUGCAAUCUGCUAUGGAGAAAAAAGCCAGCCGCAGCUUUGAACGUGAUUCGGCUCAGUUUAAAGAAUUUGUUAAAAAAGCAGCUGAUUAUCUGGUAGCAUCUUCAGGAAUCCUACGUCAUGAGAUCCAUUGGGUGGAUAUCCUGGAGCGGCGACGGUUAGCUCUCGAAAACAUUUUAAAAGGAUCAUGACUUAGUCAAAGCAAUUAAACCUAUGAUGACAAAUUAACUUCUAGGAUAGAUAACUCAAAUAUUUUCAAAUACUAUUAUCUAAAACGUACAUCGUUAAAUUUUAGGUAUUCUGAAUUUAUCUGUUAUGAUA